AUGCCGAAAUUCUUCUGCGACUACUGCGACGUCUACCUUACGCACGACUCCAUGAGCGUGCGCAAGGCCCACAACAGCGGUCGAAAUCACCUACGAAACGUCGUCGAUUAUUACCAGCAAAUUGGACACGAGAAGGCCCAGUCUGUCAUCGACUCCAUCACAUCCUCCUACGCCGCCGAAGGCCAGGCUCACGCUAAUCCUAUGUUGCCUCAAAAUCAACCCGGUGGCGCGGCAGCGGCAGCGGCGGCGGCAGCAGCAGGAUUCCCCGGAAUGCCACCACCACCCUUCAGCUUCCCCGGCGGUAUGCCGCCUCCGCCUUUCCCUGGUAUGCCUUCUGGUAUGCCACCCCCACCAGGCGGCGCGUUUCCCCAGGGUAUGCCUCCUCCGCCAGGCCAAGGUGGUAGAGGACUUCCACCGCCUCCCUUCGCAGCCGGACCCGGCGGCCUACCCAUCCCACCCCCAGGCGCCGGUCUACCAUUCCCUCCGCCAGGUGGCCUGCCAUUUCCUCCUCCGGGCGCAGUCGGUGGUAACGCGCCUCCCUUUCCAUUCCCCGGUAUGCCCCCGCCAGGCCAAGGUUUCCCCGGUGGACCCUCGCCACCCGGCGCAGCUGGCGGCUUCCCGCCUCCCCCGGGAGCGCCCGGCCGUUAG